CAACCGUCUCAGCCGCAUGUAUAAACAGAUGACUGCAUUACAGCCCUGGGUUUUCAUCUCCAGCCAUUGGUCGACAUCUCAGCUGAAGCGACACAGAUUGAAUUCCCCGACCAACCAAGACCCUUGAUUAUACACGAUGCCGCUGUGCAUCGGCCCCACUGGAGUUGCACCAUUCGCGUAGUCGUCCCAGUUGAGUUAGUAUUGCUGAGAUGCAUGUAACGUCAAGUUUUUAUAUAAACAUCGUCAGCUCAUCCCAUCCUCCCUUCAGCGCCGCUAUCCACACAACCUCUUGUUUUUAUACAACAUACGUACGUUUCAUCCUUUACCGAAUUGGCAAUCGCAAUGCUUUUUUCUACUUUUGUUUGGGGAGCCACCGCCCUCGUCAGCACUGCGGCGGCUGAAGCAGCGACCAAGCCAAAGCUGUCGACAUCGACGGGUUUCUACAUCCGCGUUCACGUCAACCAGAAAAUCACUGAUGGCGACCCUUAUGAUGUGGACAAGUCAUAUGUGUCACUUUUCAGACAGCCGUCCGACUUCGAUCGCCAGAUGGCCCAGUGCAGCGUGCAAGAUGACACAGACGCCGCAAUCUUCUACUUGAACGGCACGGCGGCCGAGGUCAAGGCGAACAAGGCAACGCUGGUGACGGACUUCAAGCACAAUCAGCCCAACGGUGCCGGUACUAUCCAAGAGCCGUUCUCACUUAACUGGUAUAAUGAGUCGACGACCACGUCGGAAGCCAGAGUCUACUUCACCUAUCAGUAUAAGUACGGCGUCCCGGGCUAUGCUACCAUCUCGGCGGUGCGUCCUGGCGUAGUGGUGAUUGGCCCGCAGCGCUUCUACCAGACCUUUUGGAGCCAUGCACACCAUGCCACAGCAGUUCUUGGCCGCAUUGAUGUCAAGGAUGGAAAGGCCGACGACGAGCAAUACAAGGUCGUCUUGAUUCCCGAGUGCGCCGACCUGCCUCCGCCCAAGGCGCCUACGGGGUCGAGCCACAAAUAUGCCGUCGAGGUACAAUGCUAUGAGGAUCUCGACAAGGGAGACUGGAGUAUUUUUAAUAUCUGAAGGCAGCAUCGCAUGAUGAAACGAUGUAUCGAUUGGCCGCAGGGCGUGUGUUUUAUAUAGUUGGUGGUGCAACAUGUAAAUAACCGGCGCCUUUGCCGUAUACAGAGAACGGGAAUGCCAUGACAGACUCCGACUCCUGUGUGAAACUGCCUCGGUCAGUUGCCAAGCACGAGGCCAUGAAAAUAAGAAAGCAUAGUUGUUUUUUUGUCCCCUUUGAUGGACCAUCAUCACUGAGCAUCCUUUGCUGUGAGCCAAGAAAAUAGUGUACCCACAAACCAAGAUGCUUAAAAAUAAGGCUUUAAUGCAUGGCCCAGGUUCGCCGAAAGGGAACAUAGGUCGUGUGUCAGAGCCCUUCUCUUGCGUCUGCAAAUACGAGCCGCGUCCGCUUUGUGCCUGAUGUCUGUCAAACAAGCAUCCUACUAAGCCCCCAAGCAGCCAUUUCACAUACUAAAUAGCCUUGAAAGAGACGAGGCUAACAUGGAAGAUGGUGUUCGCGUUCGCUGACGAGGCUGGAGGGGGGCUUUAUAACCAGAUGGUCCGAUGGAGAAAGAUUGGUUCGGGCCAAUCUAUUUUAUCCCACACACCAGACCAAUCAUCGACCGAGCACCGUCUUCUCGAAACAAGGAGCUUUGGCUAAAACGCG